GAGCAGUCGAACAUUGGUGGGUGGACAGUCAGGUGAUUGAAGAGAGGAUGGUGAUAAAAAGCCAGAUAGCUGUUAAAAGGGUGGCAACCGGAGCAGCGGAGGCGAGGAAGGAGAAGGAUAGGUUUCCUCCAAACAGACACUAGGAAGAAGAAAGUGGACCACUAGGACUCAGACAUCAAAGUUUUGCACCUGUUCUGAGCGUGACUCCUGCAUAUAAGUAGGAUAAUGCAGGCGUCCAUAAGUAGGCUGGCUUCUGUUCCCCUGUGUGCUGUCCAGCCUUGUGGAAGCAGGACUGCUCUGUUGAGCGCUGCACUCCGCUUCCUGCCCCCCAGUAUCCGCACCCUGUUCAGUGAGACGGGAGUUUGGGAAAAAGACUAUCGAACCGAGACCAGACACAGAGUAGAAGAAUGGUGGCACCCGCGGAUUAUGGAGCAGUGGCAGAAGGAUGCACUGAAUGCAGAUUCCAACAGGAAGAAGUUUUAUGUCCUCUCUAUGUUUCCAUACCCAUCGGGGCGCCUGCACAUGGGUCACGUGCGAGUGUACACCAUCAGCGACACCAUUGGUCACUUCCAGAGAAUGAGAGGACAUCAGGUGCUAAAUCCAAUGGGCUGGGAUGCUUUUGGACUUCCUGCUGAGAAUGCAGCCAUAGAGAGAGGUCUCGAUCCUGAAGAGUGGACAGAAUGUAACAUCCAGUCCAUGAGGGAGCAGCUGGAUAGCCUUGGUCUCUGCUUCAACUGGGACAGAGAAAUCACCACUUGUCUUCCAGACUACUACAAGUGGACCCAGUAUCUGUUCAUCAAGCUCUUAGAAGCUGGGCUGGCAUAUCAAAAAGAGGCUGUAGUGAACUGGGACCCCGUUGAUCAGACAGUGUUGGCUGAUGAGCAAGUGGAUGAAAAUGGUCGAUCCUGGAGGUCUGGCGCUCUGGUGGAGCAGAAGCUACUGACACAAUGGUUCAUCAAGACUACAAACUAUGCUAAGCCUCUCCUGGAUGCUCUGGGAGACCUUCCUGAGUGGUAUGGGGUUAAAGCCAUGCAGGCAAAUUGGAUUGGAGAGUGCACCGGAUGCUACUUUGAUUUUAAACUCAAGAUCAACGGCAAGGAGACAGGUGAGACCCUGUCAGCUUACAGCUCUUACCCAGAGAUGGUCUAUGGAGCAGCUUACCUGGCCAUUCUGCCCUCCCACAGGCUGCUGCAUGGUAGCAGCUCAGUCCGCUCUGUCCUACAGCAAGCAUUUCAGCCAGGGCAAGACUCACUAACAGAGGUCACUGCUCAAAACUUGUUCACUGGCCUUGAGGUUCCUGUGGUGAUCUCCCACAAGGAGGCCUUCGAUGACUAUCUGGACACAGUUAUUGGUAUUCCUGAUGGCAGUGAGGAUGACCUGUCUGUGGCCAGAGCGUUGAAUCUGGGUUGGACCACAGUGCUGAAAACCCUCAAGAAUGGAACACAAACUCUUAUUAAUUCUCAGGAGUUCUCAGACCUCAACAGGGAGCAGGCGUUUGACUCCAUUACCCAGAAGGCCAGAGAGCAGAGGGUUGGGGGCCAUCUUACCAGCUCCAAGCUCAGAGACUGGCUGAUAUCCAGACAGCGUUACUGGGGCACGCCCAUCCCAGUGGUGCAUUGUGAGUCUUGUGGUGCCGUUGCCGUUCCCGAGGAGGAGCUACCAGUUACUCUGCCGAAGGCGCUGUCUCUCACAGGAAAAGGGGCGUCACCUUUGGGAGCUGUUAAUGAUUGGGUCAACUGCAAGUGUCCCAGAUGUAAGGGCCCAGCCAGGCGGGAAACCGACACCAUGGACACGUUUGUGGACUCAGCUUGGUAUUAUUUCAGAUACACAGACCCUCACAACACAGACAGGCCUUUUGAGCGCCACCUAGCCGAUCACUGGCUUCCAGUGGACGUAUACAUCGGCGGGAAGGAGCACGCUGUUAUGCACCUGUAUUACGCCCGCUUCCUCUGCCAUUUCUGCAAGGACCAAGGUCUUGUGGCUCACAGGGAGCCGUUUUGGAAACUUUUGGUACAGGGUCUGAUCAAAGGUCAGACAUUUAAACUGGCAGACAGCGGGCAGUAUUUGAAGAGAGAUCAAAUAGAUUUCACAGGGAAGGAGCCAGUGGCUCUGAGUGGUGGCAGCAUCGAGGUGACCUUUGAGAAGAUGAGCAAGUCAAAACACAACGGGCUGGACCCGCAGGAGGUUAUACAGCAGUACGGUGUGGACACCAUUCGUCUCUACAUCCUUUAUGCUGCGCCGCCUGAACAAGACAUCCUCUGGAAUGUCAAGAAGGAUGCACUUCCAGGGGUUCUGCGGUGGCAGUCUCGACUUUGGCAGCUUGUGACAAAGCUAAGAGGAGCUCGACAACUCGGUGAUGUCCCGAACCCCUCCCUGCUGAAAAGGAAAGAGCUGGCAGAGGCCAAGAAGAUCUGGGACAACAAGAACUAUGCAAUUCAAGAGGUGACGGCUCACUUCACGGAGGACUUUCUGUUCAACGCAGCCCUCUCUCGUCUAAUGGGACUUACCAAUAUAUUAAGUAGUGCAACAGUUCGAGUCUUGCAGCACAGUGUGGAGUUUGAGGAAGCUCUGGCUGCCCUUGUUAUAAUGGCAGCCCCCAUGGCUCCUCACUUGGCCUCCGAGCUUUGGGCAGGUCUUUGCUCAGUGAAAAAGCCCCUCAGCCCCCUCCUCCUGAGGGGAGGCGAUGUCUUGCUGCAGCCAUGGCCAAUUGUGGACCCCAAGUAUCUGGAGGCCCCUGACUUUGUGGAGCUGUCUGUGCUGAUAAACAACAAGCCCUGUGGCACGGUGACGAUCCCUCUGCAGGUGUCCAAAGAUUCCAGCCAGGUCCAGCAGCUGGUUUUGGAAAGCCCCAUUGGACAGAAGCUUCUGAGCGAGCGCAGCAUCAAGAGAGCCAUCCUCUCGCCCAGGACUGCCCUCAUCAACUUCCUAGUCGAUGAGUGAUGUAUGGGUGUUUACCAGUUUGUGUGCAACACCUGGCGGGCGGCGCCUUUCUGUACACACAGACAGACAAACGAUGUUGACAUUUUGACAUCAUAAGAGAAAGAACACGUGUUGGUCUGUUAUAAUCUCAAUGUUAAAUAAAAAAACAUCUUAUUUAUAUUCUGCAGUUUUUAAUAAAAUAUUCAACAAGUA